AUGCCGCCGCUGGUGGAUUACGGAUCCGAUUCGGACUCGGACGCCGACACGGCCAACCCAGCUCCUCCGCCAGCCAAAAAGCCAAGACUAGGUGCACCUGGCACCGGAACGGCUACGGCCCUAUCUAGCGGCCCGUCUCCGGAUCUGCCUCCUCUCCCGGCAUCAUUCCACGACCUCUACGCCUCCACAGCCCGCACCUUUGACGACCCUUCCCUCCACCAAGGUCGAACCAGACAAACACCACACAUCCCUGGGAACUGGCCCAGCCAUGUUUACAUUGAAUGGCAUCCACCGCCAGAGUUCAAGCGCAUGCUAUCAGGCCUGAUAUACUCGGUCCGAUCCCAGAUUCGCAAGAUAGACCCCGAAGUAGAAAUAACCAGCUUUCUGGAGAGCGACCUAGGCGUGCCGUUACCGUUGCACAUCAGCCUCUCCCGUCCUCUUAAUCUCAGCACGUUCCAGAAAGACCUGUUUCUGUCCGAUCUUCAAAAGAUACUCGCUGGAGACCAGCCGUUCGAGAUACGGCUCGGGAGGGUGGAAUGGCAUUUUACCUCGGAGAGCGGACGGGCAUUUCUGGUGCUGAGAGUGGCCUGCCCGUCUCGAAAUAAUGAGCUCGUGUACCUUUUGUCCAAGAUUAACGAGCUUGCUAAUAUAUACGGCCAGCCCCAGCUCUAUUCGUGGGCCUCGGCUGCAGAGGGGAAGGAUGUUGCGGACGCCUUUCACUUUUCGAUUGCUUGGUGUCUGGGUAAGCCGUCGGAUCAUCUCGAGCGUAUCACAAAAGAGGUUUUUGCAAAACCCGAGAUCCGGACUGUCAUCGGAAUGGGUAAAUUGACCAUCCACAGCAUCAAGGUCAAGAUUGGGAAUGUGGUGACGAAUAUUCCGCUGAGGAAGGAGGAUGAGGAGAGGAGGGAGAGGAAGCACAGUGCUUUGCUUGGGUUAUGA